CUUUAAUAAUAGGUGUGGGCUGUCGGCUGUCAAUUGUUUACUAUUACAAUGCGAUACAUUCCUGUUUAAUUAAUGGUUAAGUUUCACACUCUUCAUUUUUCACUAUUAUACAACUUAUAAAGUGAGUUGUUUUAAUAUCUUUUGAGCAUUUUGUAACUGAUAUUUAACUUUUAGUAUUCAUUAAUGUUGACAAUUCGAAGUUUCAAGUUGUAAGUAACCUGAUGUCUUUUAGAAUUGUGAGGAACAGUCGUUUUCGGCAUGUGUUUGCUCAGCCAUCGAAGAGGGAUAACUGCUAUGACAAUAUCAAGAUAACUAAGAGUUCUUGGGAUUCAAAUUUUUGUGCUGUUAAUCCAAAAUUCGUAGCCAUCGUUAUUGAAGCUGCAGGAGGAGGUGCUUUUUUAGUCAUUCCUUUGCAAAAAACUGGCCGUGUGGAUAUCAACUACCCCAUGGUGACUGGUCAUAAAGGAGCUGUUCUAGAUAUAGCCUGGUGUCCUUUCAAUGAUGCUGUCAUUGCAAGUGCUAGUGAAGAUGGAAUUGUCAGAGUUUGGUGUAUCCCAGAUGGUGGUCUCACAAGAUCCUUAACUGAACCUGUUGUGGAACUUUGCGGACAUCAAAGAAGAGCGGGCAUUGUUGUGUGGCACCCCUCGGCCAACAACAUUCUCCUUAGUGCAGGUGCCGAUUGCAAAGUUCGUAUUUGGAAUGUGGGUACAGGUGAAGCAAUAUCUCAGAUGGAUCAUCCAGAUGCCAUAUUUCAUUGUUGCUGGAAUUGGAACGGUAGUAGGCUAGUCACUACUUGUAAAGAUAAAAAGAUCAGAAUAUUUGAACCACGCACUGGAAAAUUAAAAGUGGAAGCUAUAGGUCAUGAGGGAGCAAAACCUCAGAAAGCAGUUUACUUAAGGAAUGGCCAUUUGUUAACUGUUGGUUUCUCAAGGAUGAGUGAAAGACAAUAUGCCCUUCGAAAAGAGAGUGCUCUAUCUGAACCUAUAGUAUUGGAAACCUUAGAUACAUCUAAUGGCGUGUUGUAUCCAUUCUAUGACCCAGAUGUCAAUCUUUUGUAUUUAUGUGCAAAGGGUGACAGUAAUGUACGUUAUUUUGAAAUAACUGAAGAAUCACCGUAUAUCCAUUACAUUAGUACCUAUCAGUCCAGUGAGCCCCAACGGGGAAUGGGUAUGAUGCCAAAACGAGGUUGUGAUGUUCGGAAUUGUGAGAUAGCUAGAUUUUUUAAGCUGCAUUCCCGAGGACUUUGUGAAGUUAUUCCAUUUACUGUGCCAAGAAAAUCUGACCUCUUCCAAGAUGACCUCUAUCCAGAUACCCUUGCUGACAUUCCUGCUCUCUCAGCUGAUGAAUGGAUCAGCGGAAAAGAUGCCGACCCCAUUUUGAUAUCACUAAAAGAGGGAUAUGUGCCUUCGAAAAAGCCAGAGCUCAAACUUUCAAGACCCAACAUUCUUGACAACAUGCCCAAGAAAAAUAGUAAUAAUCCUGUUACACAGACUAAUAAGCAGAGUGUGGAGGAACUCUUAGAAGAAGUGAAAAAACUGAAGCUUACUAUCCAGAAACACGAGGUUCGUAUCUACGAUCUCGAGAAGAAGUUCGAAAGCAGAAUGAGCGGAAUGAACGUUCUAAAAAAGACCCACACUAACAAUCAUGGGGAAAAACAUCUGAUGCCUGAUGAAGUGUGAUGAUUCCAUUUCUAGAAACUUCCAUAUUUAUUAAGAACCAGUUCUUUUUUUUCCAUUUUUAGAAUGGAGAACAUAAAAACAGUUGAUUCAACAAGGAGUUUUUUGAUAUUUCAUUUAUUGUUAUUCAAUACGAAACUGAGUGAAUUUUACUUAUGAUUUUUUUUUUGUCCUUUUCUUUUGUACAUUCUAUUCUACUUUUUAUGAUAUACUACUCAUGUGUGCUGAAGCAAUGUUUAUGUAACCAGUGUUGCCAUUUCACAAAGAAAAGCCUAGAAAAUACAGGGGGGGAUUGUUUUUCAGGGUUUUUGUAUCAUCUGUCUAGAGUUCUAGGAGCAGGGCGUGUGAUUUUUUGCAAAAUUCCACAUAUAUCAAGAAUAUUGUUGCGCAGACUACCGCGAAUCAAAGCUUAUAAUCCAACAAAAUUUUACUGCAAUCUAAAAUUUAAAUUUUGAAACCUUCGCUACAUUGCAUUAACAAAACGAGUGACUCUUCUGCAAUUUUGAAAUUUUUUUUUUCUUUCAUUUGUCAGACUUUUAUCUUUCUAAUAUUUAAAACUACACCGGAAUCCUCUAAUAUAGCGAUUAAUAUCCACUUGAUUUUAAUAUUGAAUGUCAAUUUUCCUGUUUACCUGAUUUAAAGCAUUCAUUGUGAAUCUUAUUCAGGCGAUUUAAAAAUCCAACAUUUCAAUUUGUACUUACGCGUUUUUUAAUUCAGCAUCGUGAUUCCUAUUCAUUCGAAUUUAAGAUCCAGUGUCGCUAGUCGUAUUCACAGUAUCUAAAAAUCGCGCAUUGCGAUUUGUAUUUACACAUUAUAAACAUCCGAAGUUACGAUUUUUAUUAUCACCCUCCUAAAUGCAAUAUUGCGAUUCUUAUUCAUGCUAUUUUAAAAUCCAAUAUCAUUAUUUUUGAUUGCACGUUCUUAAAAUCGAAUAUCGCGAUUCUUGUAAGAACUAUAUUUUUUCUUCAAUUUGUUACAAUAAAAGUGUGUUUUACUGAAAGAUAAUUUAAUUCUAAAUCCUAGUUCAAAAAAUUAUAUUAAAUACGAAUAGUCUAUAAAUUGAUAUCUCGUUUUUGCUCAUAAAAUUUUCAGGGUUUUUCACUUCCUGUCACAAUCACCCCUGAUACAGAGAAUUUCAAAUUCACCUAAAAUAAAAGAAUUUCCAGUUUUUCCUUACAAACUGGGAAAACACAGGGAAUUUAAUUUUUUUAUUUUCAUCUUUUAAAAGUGGUGGCCACUCAAAGGGCAAUCUGUGCGAUAUUUAAGGAUAAUAUUUCAGCUGUACUAAACUGCGGUCAGAUUUCCAGAUUUGUGUGGCAACACUGGUAACUCAUUUGUACAAAAAGAACAGAUAAGAAUCAGUCAAAUGAAAAAAGACUAUUUGAGCAUGAAUUUUAUACUUUGGAAGUGUUUUUAAAAUUGUAAGUCAAAUUUUUCUUGUCUGUCUGCUUUAAUGAAAUAGUCUUUCAAACUUAGUAAGCAAUUAAAUCAAUUUUUUUUUUAAAUCAAUUGAUAAUUUUUUUGAAUUUUUUCUGCCACUUUCUCGCCAGUUUUUAUUUAAAUUUAAAAAAAGACAGUAGGCAAUAAAAUAAAAUUUCGUAAAUUUUACUCUGCGUAAAAUUUUGUAUAAUAUCUAAAUAAUCUCUUAAUAAUUAAAUACACUCAGUCAAGUUUCUUUUGUACUGGCUUCUUAUUUUUUUGUGUAAUAAUAAUAUAAUAGCUCAAUAAACAAUUGAAUAGAAAAAUAAUAAUUUACUAAGUAAAUUCAUGUAUCAUUUAUUAUAAGUUAUUAAUAAAAUUGUUUUAUAGCAUUAUAAGAAAAAUUUUCUUUUUCAUUUAUUCGAUUUGAAAAUAUAACUCAAAAUUACUUUUUCUUUUUUAUUACAAAAAUUUAUUUCUUAUAAUUGUAAAAAUGAAAAUUCAACAAACAUUAUUUUUACCGAAUGUAUUUGAUUUUUCCCUCAUUUCAUGUAUGUCCAUUUCCAAUAUUUCUUGGAUGUAAACAUAGUGGGACACUUAUCAAAUAAUUGAAUAUGAGGUUCUAUUCAACGCAGAUUAUUCUUUUAAGUGCUGAAAUUAUUUUUUAAAUUUAAAGCAUACAUAAAAAUUGUAUGAUUAAAAAAAAAAAAAACUCUUGAAAAAAACAUUCCAAUAAAAUUCUACACUUAUAACAGCUUAUUUAAAAUUUUGAUAUUUUUACUAUUUCGUGGAGUCUGUAGAGAUCUGAACUAAGAAAAUCUUUAUCUGACUGCAUAAUUAAUUUUCAUACUUCAGACAAAUUUAGUUCCCCCCACCCCUCUUUUUUCCCAUUGCUCUAUUCACCUAACUGUUGAUUUAAAGUAAAAUAAGCUCUUAACAUCUGGUCUAGCAAGGUGCAUAGCACUCUUGAAAAGCUUGCUUAAAGGUGCUUGUUUUUUUAUUUACGUUUUUUAAAAGGGGGCUUUUUUUAUUAUUCGGGAUUUGUGAAGAGUGCUUAUUUUUUAUCUUUUAAAAAGAGAUUUUUUCUUUGCCGUGUUGACUGUUCUAAAUUAUAAAUAAAUGCAUGAUUUUCACAAUUUUCUCUGCAAUAUUAAUCUGAAACUAGUUGUGAUUACGCAUCCUGAUUAUGAAAAGUUUUUGAAAAUAGUUCUGAAUUUUAUUGAUUUUAUGUUUAUAAACUAAAAACUUUCAAUGAUAGGAAGGAAAAAAAAUAUUUAUGACUGCACAUAUCCUAAUUAAGAUUUUUUUUUUUGGAAAGUUUUUUGAGUGCUUAAAAGGUGCUUAUUUUUUGUUUAAAAAUCCAGCUACACACUCUGUCUAGUGAUAAGUCAGAUAAAAAAAAAAACUGAACUGUAGGACGGAGUUCCUAUCUCCACUUCCAUAUUAUUAAAGACACAUUUUAAGAUGAUUGAUUAAUGAAAAAUACUCGCUCCUUGUUAACUUACUACACAAAUAAGAAAAAUUCUGACAAGAAAUGAUCUAAAUUGUACAGUAGCAGGUUAAAAGAGGGGUUGGUCGCAGUUAACUGCUUUAGCAUUCCUAAUUUUUACUAACAGUCAGUUCAACUAUAUCAAGAGCCUAAAGUGUUAUCUCAUUUAUAUUUCAAAUUAUCAUAUUAUAAUUAAAUCGUUGAUUUUAGUAUAAAGCUACCUUAAUUCUGAAUUUAUUUGGAUUUAAUAUUACUUUUAAAAAAAAAAAAAAUUAUUUUUAUCAUGCUAAAGUAAUUUAUUUUUUCUGAAUUCUGUUGAAAUGUUUGAAAUAGAUUGUGUUGGUUUAGUACUGUUUCUGUCAAUUAUUGUGUACUUUUAUAUUUUGUUUCUAGCAUAAUACUUUUUGUUCUUACAUAAAAGUUGAAUAUAGUACUUUCUAUGUUAUGUUGUUUUUGUCUCCAUUUGUAUAGUACCUGAUGUUAUGAUCAUUUUAUGUUUAAUAACUGUCCAAAAUCUUGUAUAAUUGUAUGUCUGUGUGUAUAUAUAUCUAUAUAUACGCAUUAUUUUUUUUUAAUUUAUUGAAUGCAUUCCUUGAAUCAAUGAUCGCCUAAGCUUGUGAGGAGUUCAGAAGUUUAAUCACCUUUGACUACUAGUGCAAGUAUUUUUUGUGUUUCCAUGACAAGUUUCAUCAUAUAUUAUCUUUUCUACUUCCAAUGGAAAUAUCAAAGCUGUUCUUUUUUCUUUUGAUCUUGUUUAUAAUAAAAUGAUAUAUUAGCUGCUAAGAAUUUUCUGUAAUUUCUAUGAACUUAAGUUUCAGUUAACAUGUAACUUUUAAAAAACAUAAAGAAAAAAAAUUUUAAAAAUUACUUAACAGUGAAAUUUUAUGCUUUAUUUUUUAUGAUAUUUUUUUUUUGUAAUUUAUGAACUUCUUACACAACUUUUAUACAACUUGGAGACAAUCCAUUCUCUCUUUUUUUUAAUGUAAAAUGUUAUUAAUUAAUUAAUUAAUAAUUAAUUAAUAAAUGUUAUAACUGAUUGACCAACUGUGAUGUUUUUUUUUUCUAUCUGUACCUUUAGCAAUCUUUUUGGUACUUUUUCUGUUAGCCGGGCGCAAAUGUCUCCUAUUACGAACCAAACGCAAGCCGAGUGAAACAAAUAACAAAUCAGCCAACGGAGUGACAGUCAAAAACAUUUAACUAUAAACAAAUAUUUAUUAAUAGUAAGCAAAGCAAGUUCAACUAUGGACAAAUAAUACUGAAUUGUAAACCUAGCUGUUUUAUACAAAUAUAAUGCUUAUAAAGGGAAGUAAUAAUGAAGGAAAGGAAAACGUGCUUUGUUUUGAAUGAAUUCAGAGAAUAGAGGACGUGACCCCUAACUAACAUUCCGCUUAUGAUUGUGAGAAAUUUGGCAGAAUUCUACAUUAUAUGAUGAUUUUUCGCUUACUCCCGACUAAUGAAAAAGUACCGUCUUUUUAUUUAAGCAAAUAUUAAUUUAAAAUCGUAUCUUAAAAAUUCAAAAAUUAAAUAAAUCUAUCAGGACAAGAAAGCAUCCGUGUAUAAUGUUUACUGGUGAAAAUAAGUAUUUAACAAAUAAAAUAGUAAAAUAUUAUGCUUAUCAGUCAUUCGUUGUUUUAUUGAAAUAAUUAUAUGAAUUAUCACAAAAUAUUUUGAGGUAACUCCUGUUUCUUUUAGCGAAUAAAUACAAGUGUAGGUGUAAAGUGUGCUCUUGGGGGGAGAAUUAAAAUUCUAGAAAUAUUGAUCAUAUGAUAUUGAAAACAUUGAUGGCUUUCAUUUUUAUGGACAAUAAUGCUUUCACCCUUAAAAGAGUUUAACCAAAACUCACUUAUAGUUAACUACAACCGAUUUAAAUGGAUUUUAUGAUUUUUGGCGCCUGUGCUCAACAUACCGAUUUUAAAUUCCGAAAUUUUUAAAAAGCAAUGCCUGUGAUUAUGUUUUUUACAUACUAAAAAAACUUUGAUUUCAAAGAGCAUGCUUUCAG